GUGUGUGUUUCUGGAAGUCUAGGAAGAACUGCUAUUCUCUUAACUAUCGGGUUGGAAGUGGAGGAGGAGUAGACGGCGAAUAAGAGAGUUGACGGAUAAAAGGAAGUCAUUCCCGGUGAUCGUAGAGGUGUUGGAGGUGAGUGAAAUUAAGUGCCUAGGGCUAUUUGGCCGAGAACGACCAGGAAACGCUAAGGGUGAGUGAGUUCAGUGCUGCAGUCUCGCCGGCUGCUGAGACUUAGGGAGAAGAGGGAAUAUGCGCCGGAAGUUCAGCGGUGAUCGAGGAGAUAGAUAACAGGUGGUUUAUAGUGCGUUGGAAGGCGAAAUUUUCGCCUUCAAGCUUUCGCACCACCAGUGGCAGGAAACAUCUCUCCGCCAUUUGAAGGAAGAUUUCUUCAAUAGCUGCUGCGCUGUUCUCUCCCUUUCAGCAACCAAACGUUGCGAGCAGUUAGAAAGGAGGCUGAUUCUAUUUCUCGUGCUAAAUUUUCGUCCAACCAAGUGUGUCUGGUGUCUGAUAUGUUGAGUACUCAAAUUCACUUAUACAGGCCUACUUCUUGUCUGCACUGGGGCAGUGGACCAUUUUCCCAUGGCCUUAAGGGCGGGUCCGUAGCUCAAACGAAGAGACACUGUGCAAUGGCAAAUAAUCGUAGCAGUGUUUCCAUAUUAGAAUCAAAAUUGCAGCAACAUGAUCCACUCUUAAUUGGGUCAACAAGUCAAGAAACAAGAUUUGAUAAAACCCCAACAUCGGAUGAAGCUGUUCCUGGUUUUGAUAUUUUUUUGUGUAAGGGUCAAGAAGAAGAUGGAUAUACUCAAGAAGGAGAAUUUGAUGCAUCUUUCAUGCAUCAGAAGGAAUUUCCUCCCUUUGAAGAAGUGGAAAAUGAGGAGUCGCAAAAGGAUUGUAGAGCCACAGAGAAUCCCUUGACAGCUUCAAAGGAUAGGGACCUUAUUAAUGAACCUGAAGUGCAUCUUUUAGAGGAAGUGGAUCAGACUGUACUGUCUGAUCGGAUUCUGGUUCUUAGUAGAAAUAAUAAGAUCAAAAGUGCUUUUGAAUAUUUCAGAUCCAUGGAAUUGGUGGGUCUUUGUCCUACUAUACAUGCCUGUAAUUCUCUUAUAUCUUCCCUUGUGAGAAAUGGACGGUUUGAAGAUUGCUUAAAAGCAUUUGAUUUCACAAGAAGAAAAAAGAUAACUACUGGGCAUACUUAUAGCUUGAUGCUUACCGGACAUGCAAAUGCCCAAGGCUUCCAUUCAGCCUUUGAAUUCUUCAAAGCAUCAGAAAGUGAAUAUGACAUUGAGAAAGAUUUUGAUGCUGUUGUUUACAACACCAUGAUUUCAAUCUGUGGAAAAUUUCAUGAAUGGAUUGAAAUUGAGAGAAUUUGGAGGAGCAUGAAGGUAAGAGGGUGUGCAGGUAGUCAAGUCACAUACCACUUGCUGGUUAGCAGUUUUGUACAGUGUGGUCAGGUUGAGCUAGCUUUUGAUGCUUACAAUGAGAUGGUUCAAAAUGGAUUUGAACCUAGCACCGGUACAAUGGAUGCUAUCAUUAGUGCAUGUGCUAAGGAGGGAAAUUGGGAUGCUGCACUUCGUGUUUUUCAGAAGAUGAGGAUUGAAGGGCUUCAUCCAAACUUAGUUGCAUGCAAUGCAUUAAUUAACUCACUGGGAAAAGCAGGGGAACUCAAACUAGCAUUUCAGGCCUAUGAUGUCAUGAUAUUGCUGGGCCAUAAACCAGAUGCAUAUACAUUUAAUGCUUUAUUGAGCGCUCUUAACAAGGCUAACAGGCAUUUUGACGCUCUUCAACUUUUUGAAAAGAUUGAAGAAAACAAAAUGUGUCAAUUGAAUGUACAUUUGUACAACACUGUUUUAGUGUCUUGCUCUAAGCUUGGGUCAUGGGAUAGAGCUUUACAGAUUUUGUAUCAAAUGGAAGCUCGACUGUCUGCCUUGACUGUAUCAUAUAAUCUUGUUAUUAGAGCUUGUGAAAGUGCAAGGAAGCCAAAAAUUGCAUUGCAGGUGUAUGAGCAUAUGGUUUACCAGAAGUGCAAGCCAGAUAUAUUUACAUAUCUAUCUUUGAUUAGAUGUUGCAUUUGGGGAGAUCUCUGGGAAGAAUUGGAGGAAAUUCUAAAUGCGCCCACACCAAAUGUAUCUCUAUAUAAUGCUGCUGUUCAAGGGAUGUGCUUACGGGGCAAGAUUAAUUUGGCUAAUAAGAUCUACAGUAAAAUGCGUGAAAGUGGUCUUCAACCUGAUGGCAAAACAAGGGCAUUGAUGCUUCAAAACCUGCCUAAGGGUGCUGUAUUAAAUAGAUAAUCUCUACUUAAUGACAAGUACCUUGUAGAUAUUGGUGGAAAACUAUUCCAAAAAGUUCCUCUUAUGAACAGUAACAGAAGUAGUUUUGGCAUUUUAAAGACAUGCAAAUCAUACAAUCCUCCACAUCUCUUAAUUAAUAGUUCAUCAGGACAGAGGCAGUUCAGGAUUUUCAGACUGUUAUUUAUUUAUUCUUUUUUUAAAACAAGUAGCUGUUUUUAUUGAAUUGGACACUUCAACUACUACUUCGUUCAAUCAACCCCGGUACAAAGCUAUCAUCCCCUGUACAAAUCCUAAAAAAUCCUUCUGUUAUCAUUGUCGUUUUAUAGAGAAGCACAAAAGCCUGGCUACAAGAAGAGCAGGGGCAGUGAUGCAAUGCGAUUCAGAAUUAUAAAGAUGGAGAAGUGACCAAGGACUCUAGGAUUAAGGCAAUAGGACUUUUUUUUUUUUUUUUUUUUUUAAAUUUCAAUCUCUCUGAAGGAAAACGUUUUGAAUAUAUAUGACAAUGGAUGAAAGCCAAGAGGACGGAAGGUCUGAGUAACAUGAUUUUGAAGAGUAAAUAGAGGAUGAGAUGAUGGAGAGGUUCAAAAGGAAGCAAUCAAGCAAUAAACUACAGGUGUCACAACAAAAAUGGGGUUGCUGCUGUGAUUUUCCAUGUAUAAUUUCCCAUACAUAAUUUGUACUUUCUUUGCCAAGGACUACGGUUUUAAACACGGGUAUCCAUUUUAUCGGUAUUAUCAAUAUGGUCUUCGUUAUAUGAUUUAGCAUUGUGGUGGUCCAUUGAGUAGAAACAUAAGCAUCCCUUCACAACCAAUGGUAUGUUGCUAAAAAAUGAGAAAAGCCUGGAGUCCUUGAAAUGAUGAUCCUAGCCAACAGAGUUAGAUGCUGAAAGACAAUUAAUGAGUUCAUAACGAUGGAAAUUUAGUCAGAUCGACCUUUUAUUGAUUGGCCUUUAAUAUCUCUAUAACUCUUUCAUUUGCCAUGACAGCAUUUUUUGUCAACAUUUUGGGAUGCCAAUUUUGCAGAUUGGCCUUUCCGUAUCUUUGAAGUCUUGGUAUUAGCCUCCGUAUUCAUGUCAGAAAUUUAUUGCUAUCUCUAGUUGAUUA